AUGAAUAAUAAUGAACCUGGGAAGAGAUCCGAUUCUAUGGAUGAGUACGAAUGGGUUCAGGCAGAAAUCGGUGAAACGAGUAACACAACGAAAAAUGUCUCCUUUGCUUCCUCGUCAAAGGAGGCACAGGAUGACGUGUGCAUAUCUAACCGAACGACGGAAAAUGAGAACGAGAAGGAGGAACUGACGGGUGGGUUCUUUUCCUCAUCGGAUGCGUCCGCAAGGGAGUCUUACGGGGGGCCAGCUGAAAGGGGUGCCGACCCUAUCGCGUGCAGUCCUAACACGCAGCAUAGCCAUAACACGCAGCAUAGUCCUACCACACAGCACAGCCAUAACACGCAGCACAACUCCUCAGGGUCACACAACCUAGUCGCUCCCCACGUUGACAGCUGCUCCGAGCCCACCCGUGACCCAUCUCCCCACGGGAAACAAAAAAACAGUGGUGUCGUCAAAAUAUGCAUCAGAAGCGUAGGAGCAAUCAGUGGAGAGUCUUUCCCAAAUGGCCCCGAGGGGGAGGGCUCCCCCCAGUCCUACGACGAGAGGAUGCUGUCCCCGGUUUAUAUGGCCGAGGGGAACCACGCCGCGAAGGGGGGCGCGAGGGGGAGCGAGAAGGGAAGCGCGAUCAAGAGCGAGGAGGACAUCACUAAGGACGCCGCUAAUCAGAAAAAAACGGAAUGCUCAGCGAACGACGCAAAAAUGAACGCAGUCAACGAACUGAUGCGAAACAUAAGACAGUUUAACCACUCCAUGCAGUCAAUAUCAUCUACCAGUGAUACGCUCUUCCAACAGAAUCUGUCCAAAAUGUAUUCAGAGCUUGCAUCUACUAAAAAUUUAGAAUCUCUCAGUGGGUUCUAUGAAGAGGUUCCCCUUAGUGGAACUACACCGAAGGAGGGACAACAGAAAAACACGCAUGACUCAGGAGCGGCGAAAGAAACAGACGGCGCCGCCAACAUGUACACGAGUGCUUCUAACGAUUGGAAGGACCAAACUAGCUGCGCUGAUGAGAUGGGACAACACACACUCAACGAGAUGGAAGAGGAGGAGAAAAAACAAGGUGAGGGGGACAUACAAGGGAAGAAGUACUCCAUGAGUGAGAUUAGUCCUCUACACUUAACAAAGAAAGACUCCAAUGCCAUUUCGUCGAAUCAGUGGGAACAAAUGAAGAGGAGCUUCUGCGACAUUGAGAAUAAUUUGAUGCAUCUGAGCAGGGCCAGCAUGGGUCCUACUGCGGUUAGCAGCGCUGCAAUGGGUUCUACUGUGGUUGGCACCGCCGCCAUGGGUUCUCCGCUCAUGGACACGGUCCCGUUCGAGACAGACGGAGCCUACGCCGGAGGCACCAGCUCCCCCUCCACCCCGAACCUGUCGUACGCGACGCUCGACAUGGACAAAUGGAACUCCGCCAAAUGGGACUCCUCCAAAUGGGAUUCCUCCAUCGAGUGCUUUCCCACCAUGGACUACACAGAUGUUCACUCGAGACAUAUAAACUUGGACGUCGCCGCCUCGUCCCAGUUGGCUCCAAUGAAAAGGGGGGCGAUCCCCCUAAGUGGUACUCCCCCGAACGCGGCUUCGCUAAGUGGUACUCCCCCGAAGGCAGUUCCGCUAAGUGGUAGAUCCCCGAAGGCGGCCCCGCUAAGUGGUAGUUCCCUCAAAGCGAUCCCCCUAAGUGUGGCUUCCCCGGGAGUGAUCCCCCUAGGUGCCCCCUCCCCCAGAGCAAAGCUAACCAAACUCAACCUCGGAAAAGCCAGCAACCUGCACGGUAUGCAAAGUGUGCAAAAUGUGCAAAAUAUGCAUAGCAUGCAGAGUAAUGCGUCCGCCAAGGAGGAGGAGACUGUGAGUGGGAAGCAACCACCCCGAGGGGAAGGAGCCAAAUUGGAAAGCGGCAAAUUGGAAAGCGGCAAAUUGGAGAUCGCCAAAGUGGAGGCCGCUAAAGUGGAGUGUGGCAAAGGCCCGAACACGAUGCCCAAAAUGAAGUCGCCCCGAAACGUGGCGAGAGGAACAUCAAACAAAACGAUAGUGAGUGCACCAAAAAAUGCAAAGAUUAAAAGUAAAGCGCCAAACGAAGCGACAAAGACGCCCAAGAUGCUGAAGCGGAACAGUGAGGGUUGUGGAAGUGCUGGUGGGGUCAAACCAGAGGGAAAAAACAGCGGAUCUCCCACAUCCGCUGUUAUUACUAGCAACACUUCCUCUGUGAUAUCUGCAAAUCAAGGGACGGCUUCCAACGUACCUCACCCGAACGGUGGCUCCCCAACACACCAAUCCCUUCCCACCUGCGCAAGACAGACCAAUAAAAAUGAGAAAGGUGGCUCUACAGAAAAGGACAUAACAUACAACAUGAACGUGGUCAUCAGAUGCAGACCAAUGAGUGCUAGCGAAAAAAACGAAGGCGCAAAAAAUGUAAUAAAAAUUCUGGACAACAAAAUGAUAGUGCUUCUAGAUCCUUCAGAUAACUCAGAUAAUGUAUUGAGACAAAAUCGAAGUCGAGAAAAAAAGUAUGUCUUCGAUUACGUCUUCGAUGAGACUAGUUCUCAGGAGGAUGUAUACAAGAACAGCGUUAAGUGUCUAAUAGAUGCUGUGAUAGGAGGCUACAACUCCACAGUCUUCGCUUAUGGAGCUACAGGUGCAGGAAAAACACAUACAAUUAUAGGACAUAAAAAUGAGCCCGGAAUCAUGAACAUGAUUUUGAGAGACUUAUUUGACAGAAUCAAGCAGAUGGAAGUAAUGAAUGAAUACAAAGUGAAGUGUUCCUUUAUUGAGAUUUAUAAUGAAAAUAUUUGUGAUCUCCUGAACCCGUCUGAUGAGUACCUAGAUGUAAGAGAAGAUCCCAUUAAAGGAGUUACCGUGUCUAAUAUCUUCGAGGUCUGUACUACAUCGGUGGAGGAAAUUAUGGAGCUAAUACAUACGGGAAAUAAGAAUAGAACCCAAGAACCCACAGAUGCAAACAAAACAAGCUCUAGAAGCCAUGGAGUCCUACAAGUAAUCGUAGAAGAAACAGAAAAGGGACAAGGAAUUUACCAACAAACCAAGAGAGGAAAGUUAUGUGUUAUCGAUUUAGCAGGAAGUGAAAGAGCAAGCCAAACAAACAACAAAGGAAUGAGGCUCUUAGAAGGAGCUAAUAUCAACAGAUCACUUCUAGCCUUAGGAAAUGUCAUCAAUGCUCUAGUGUCAAGAAGCAAAGGAACGAGCAAAUCGAAUUUUAUACCCUUUAGGGAUAGUAAGCUCACUAGGUUACUAAAGGAUUCUCUGGGAGGGAAUUGCAAAACGGUGAUGAUCGCCAAUGUGAGUCCCUCCCAUCUUUCCUACGAAGACACACAUAAUACUCUUAAGUAUGCCAAUCGGGCGAAGAACAUAAAAAAUGUCGUCACGUCCAACGUGGUAGUGGUGAAGCAGCACCUGACCAUGUACAUAGACGUCAUCGAGAAGCUGAAGGGCGAAAUUGAAUUUUUAAAGGAACAAUUACAGGAGAAGGGAAAGAUAAACGACUACAUGAGUUCCACCUCGACGAACUUUGACUACUACGAUCAGCUGAAAGAAUACGAGCGCAACUGCUCUAGGGAAGAGCUCCUUAACAUAAUCUCUGCGUUGAAGCGCGAGAACCAGCGCCUGCGGAUGGGGGAAGCGGCAGAUGUGGGUGAAGCGGCGGACGAGGCAGACCUGGGUGACGCGGCGGACGAGGCAGACCUGGGUGACGCGGCGGACGAGGCAGACCUGGGGGACGCUGCUACCGACACGGCCGCCGGACAGCAGCACGAUGAAGAGACCGCCAAACAUCAACAAGAGCUCAGUGACUUGAGAGCCGUCAACGAGAAGCUAUUCGUCGACAAUAAGAAGUUUCACGAGAAGCUGCAGGAAUACAUGCAGGUCUCGCACAACCUGCGGCUUCUAAAUGAGGAAUACAAACGCCAGAUCGACGGGUUCAAGGCCAUGAUGCACAGCAACGACGCGAAUCACGUCCAGAUCAAGAAGAAGCUCGAUGACCUGCGAAAGAAAUACGAGCAACUAAAGGAAAGCACGGAGGAUAAAGAAAACGAUGACGUCUUCGAUAAAUGGAAAAAGGAACUAACCAAAGUGUUGGAUGAGAGGAAAAAGAUAAAGUCAGUCAUCCUAAGUGUCGAGAGGAGACUCAUCACGAACAAGGAAGUUGGGGCGGAUACCUUUUCCGAGGCCGACGUCCGCGGGCUGUACCAGAAGAAAAGCAAAAUGGACGAGGAGCUGCAGCGGAACAUCCUGCAGACGAACGAGUUGCUAAAGGAGCUACCCCUCCAGAUAAGGGACGAAAAGACAAAAAACUUCCUCUUCCUAUUUUACACGAACAAAGUGCUGCUGCAGGAGAAGGAGGAGCUCCAGGAAUUCUUCGAGCUCUCAUCAACCAUCAUUAGCCAAAAGGAGAAGCAAAUUAGCAGCCUGAAGGACCAGUUAAAAAUGACGGACUCGUGCACCCUGCUAAAGAUGUGA